AUGUAAAACUGUGCCUCAAUCAGGGAACCUUGCGAAGCCAGUAAAACCUUAUGCAAUAGAUGGUAGAGCCAAAUGGAUGAAACCAACUGUAUCUGAAGAUAUACCAAAAACAGAUAAUUUGCCAAAGUCAUCCAAAUUAGGAAACGCAACAAAAGCAAGUAAUAUACUGAAAUUCAGUAAUGCAAAGAGUUCUAAAAGUUUUAGUUCAGGAUCACAUGAAAUAGAUUCUGAACAAAUGUUGCCCUUUUCAGGGAGUGCAAUACUUACCAAAAAAGGAUCUCAGGGACAUGAAAAAUCAUAUGUUCAACAGCGGAAUCACAAACCAUCUCUGUCCUCAAAAAACAAAUACACUUGGAGAAAGGGAAAAAGCACCGAUGCCACGAAACAGAAAACUGACACGGAAGGAUUCCAAAUGAAUGAUCAUCAACAGAAUAGGACAGAUGAACAGACCUAUGAGAGAGUCAAUGAAAUAAAACAUCCAGAUUCUGAAGAUCACACUUUUAAGAGCAAGCAGGUGAAUGUCCCACCUGGUGGUAAUAUUACCAAUCCAAGAGCAUCAUCAAAUACAAGUAUUAAAUCAGGUCUUCAGCAAACAUCAAAAUAUAAACUUGUUAGGAAGGACAGUCCAGUUAGCCCUAAAAAAACCUUGGAUGUGAUAGAAAAGAAAACACAACAAUCAAAUAAGAUAUCUGGAUUUGAUCUCGAUACAAUUGAGCAUCCUACAGUUUCCAUAGAUAAAAGAAAUGUGGCGUUGCCUAUUGAAACUAGGUCACCUAAUGAGAACUCAGGAUCCAUGUCUACUGGUAAGGAAUCCCCGAUUUCUAAAUAUAAAAUUGUCCGAAACAUUGCUCCAUCUAGUCCUUAUAAUUUAUCUAAACAGUUGCAAGAAUCUAGAAAAGUUAACUACCAAGGGGAACGUUCUGGUGUUGAAAGUUCCAUUCAUGAUCCUGGAAUGGAAAAUUCCGUUCAAUCUAAAAAGAAGGGAGUCAGUGGUAUCAUCAGUAAAUACAAAUACAUUAGGCAGAAUUCUUCCUCAAAUCAAACUGCAAAUAAACUUAUCAGAAAAUAUCAAAAAGGAGCUGAAAAUUUUGACAAUAUAGGAUCUCAUUCUUCAGAAUCAGUCAUUGAAAAACUCAAAAGAAAAUCUCAACAAAAACAGUCAUCUCGUGUCAAAAGACUACAACAAAAAACUAACCCCUACAAACUAAACAGAAAUGAUGCUGACAUCGUGAAAUCACCAUAUACCCCAAGGACAAUCCAACACACAAUAAGGAAAGGCAAGAACCAAAUACGGACAAGUAAAAAUACAAUGGAGACAACAAAACAUGAAAUGAGUUGUAGUAGAUUUAAGAGGACGAAAGGUAAAGAUGGACGAAAUUCAAAGAAAUUUAAGAAGAAACUGGACAAAACUUGGGUGUCUAAGUACUCUCUUCAAAGAAAUAAAGAAGAUGAGGGUCCCUCUUUGAAUGCAAUUCUAGGGAGGAAAGUUACUAAUAAAAGCAAGAAUAAGUUCAAGUUCGUCAAAGCUCAUGAGAAGCAAGAUUCUUGCAAAAUGCGAAUAGACAGAAGAAAGCAUUCCCAAGGGGGAAAAGUGUCUAAGCAAACUGCCAGCUCCAGCCAGCCAUCUUUAGUUAUGAUCAGUGGAACAGUGUACAGGAGAUCAGCUUGCAAGUUAUCGAGACAGACUUCUAAAGAUAAAGUCUAUAACUCUUCUAUUAGGCCAGGGUCUAGAAAGAGGACUUUGUCAGGUUCGAUAUCUAUACAUGGAAGCAGGUACCGCAUUGAUUCUUCGGGAAAAUCAUUGAAGAAGUUGAAGCCUAAAAACCAAUCAGUCCAGAGUGAUAAUGGAAGAAUAUCAAGAAUCAACAUUGGAGGCUCCUCGUACACACAAUCGACUCCUGGGACUCUAGUGAAGACCCCUUCUGCUAGACACAAAUUAGCAAACCGUGUUUUACAUAAAAGUAUCGCAACAGUGAGCAAGUUCAAGCAGGACCGGAGAAAUGAAAGAUUCUGUAUUUUCUACAAUCGUUUUGGGCGUUGUAAUAGGGGAGAGAAGUGUCCAUUUGUACAUGAUCCAAAGAGAAUAGCAGUGUGCACAAGGUUUCUUCGGGGGACAUGCCAGGUUGACAACUGUCCAUUUUCCCAUACGGUUGCCAUGGAGAAAAUGCCAGUGUGUGCUUACUUCCUGCGGGGAGUUUGCACGAAAGACUCAUGUCCAUAUCUACAUGUUAAUGUUGGAAAAGAGGCUAAAAUCUGCCAAGAUUUUAUCAAGGGAUAUUGUCGGCUUGCGGACAAGUGCAAGAAAAGACAUGUGCUCAUCUGUGAAGAGUUUAGGGAUAAAGGCACAUGUUCCAAAGGCAACAAGUGUGAGAUGAUACACCAGAAACCUCGAGAGGGGGCAAAGCGGGCCAGAUACCAUGACCCCAUACCAUCUACAAGUACAGCAGUGUCAGGCACAGCAGAGUCAAGUACAGCAGAGUCAAGUACCGCAAAGUCAAGUUCCGCAAAGUCAAGUACUGCAAAUACAGCAGAUACAGUUACACCUGAAAGUGACUCAGAAGAUAACAUGAAAGGCAGAAAUACACGACAUAAGAGGCAACACACGAGUGAAUCUUCCUCAGAAAAUCUUGGCUACUCAAAUGAGAUACCAAGCAAGAAGCGUUUCCUUCCAUCAUAUAUAGCCCUUACCUCAGCAACCUCCUCUUCUGAAGAGCUCUUAUCUACCUCAAGCUUUGAAGAGCACUUGUCGUCUGCUUCUACCUCCAAAAGUGAAGAGGUCUCUUCUGUCUCUCCAUCAAAAGUUGACUUAAUUGCAGGUAAUUCUGGCAUCCAAAUUCGGCCAAUGUUACGACUGAAAGAUGAUCAGACAAACUUUGAUAUGACAACCAAUGAUACUACAUAGAGACACUAUGUUGAUUAAAGUGCCACGAUACAACAAGGAUAUUUGACUACAACUCUACUCAUAUCUAGAAACAUAAGCAAAUUAUUGUAGUGGUAUGGAUGUUUUAAAUAAGACACGGACCCUAUAUACAUUUAACCUAGACAUUUGGUUAGUUCAAGCCAAUAACAUGAACUUUGAUGUGCCCUUUGUCAUUUUCUGACAUUGGAAGCUAGUUGCUCAAGACACUGGAUGAUCAGAGACUAUGACUUAUGGAAGAGAAUUGUCAUAAAUCAAAAUGAUUCCCCAAAAUAUUUUGUUGUACCUUGUUUACGUGGAUUAUGUGCUUGUUUUCAAAUAAACAGAAGAUG